AUCUACACUGAUCAUCAAAGCACUGAAGAUCAGUGUGCCCUGAUGAUCAGUGUAGCCCCAGCAGUGCCAGCUGUCAGUGUCCAUCAGUGCAUACCAGUGCCCAUCAAUGCCACAUAUCAGUGCCCAUCUGAGCUGCCUUUCAAUGUCACCCAUCAGAGCCAUCAGUGCUGCCUAUCAGUGCCAGUCAGUGCCGCCUAUCAGUGCCAUAUAUCAGUGUCAUGUAUCAGUGCUGCCUUUCAGUGCCCAUCAGUGAUGCCUGUCAAUGCCCAUCAGUGCAACCUACAAGUGCCUCCUCAUCAGUGGCCAUCAGUGCCAGCUAUCAGUGUCCAUCAGUGCAGCCUAUUAGUGCCCAUCACUGUAGCCUCAUUAGCGCACAUCAGU